AGCUUGCAGAUUCUCCAAUGGUGUACAAAUCGAUGAAUAUUGAAUGUCUGCCCGAUGCCAAAUAUGUUGUAAACUCCACAUGCGUGGUAAAGGCUGAAAAUUGGAAUAAAGCUGUUCUAUUCAUGGACUGUGAGCUUAUCUUGCCACUGCGAAAUUCAACGGUCCAGAUGGAACUCUUCAAGAAAGGUUACAACAAUCGUUAUCAUCCGUUUCUAAUUAAUGCUGCGUUCAACAUGUGCGACAUAAUAUCAAAGAGAAAUUUUAUACCGUAUGGCACAAUCUUUUGGAAGAUAAUCAAACAAUAUACGAACGUAAAUCACAGUUGUCCUUUUCUGGGCCAUCUCUUUGCACGCAACUUGUACAUUGAUGCGAACAGCUCUUUCAUACCGAGAUUUCCUCUCGGUUUCUAUAUGAUAUCCUUUAAGGUUAGCGAAAACUAUCCCGAUCGACCCAGCGAACAUGUUGGUCUCAUUAAGUAUUAUGUUCAUGCUGCGGAAAUGGUGCAAAUCAAGAAGCGAAGGGAUCAAAUCAGUAAAUCGGCAAAUGGAUAAAUUUAUACUUUAUCAAACAAAAUAGAGCAAUGCAUUUGAACAUUCAAUAGAGUGUAGAAUACCUCUCGAUCAUUGAAUUAUAA